CUCCACGGACCAAACAAGCCCUACAAAGCACUAGCAGUAGGAUGGGGAGCGAAUCUAACAACAUGGAGGGAGAUCUAGAGAUCCUGGCAAAGGUCUCCCUUUGGGUAGCGGCCUCGAUGACCUACGUCCGCUUCGCCUCGUCCAAGAUCCGGCCGGGAAAGCUCCGCCUCUUAACCAUCCUUCCCGUGCUCCCCCUCCUCCUCAACCUCCCCUGGUCCUUCUCCUCCAUCCACCUCCGCGCCAUCUCCGCCUUCUUCCUUGCUUGGCUCGCCCUCUUCAAGCUCCUCCUCCUCGCCUUCGGCCUCGGCCCACUCUCCCCCUCCCUCCCCCUCUUCCCCUUCCUCUCCUCUGCCUCCCUCCCCAUCAAACUCCUCCCCAGUUCCCAAUCCAAACAGAGUUCCUCUUUAUCCGGCCAUCGCCUCCUCUUCUCCGCCGUCAAGGCUUUACUCCUCGCCGCCGUCAUCAAGAUCUACCGCUACCGUGACGAGUUCCCUCCCUGCCUCCUGUUCUCCAUCCUCGGCUUCCAUAUCUACCUCCUUCUCGACCUCGUCCUCGCCUCCGCCGCCGCCCCCGUCGCCAUCUUCGGCCUCGAGCUGGAGCCCCACUUCGAUGCCCCUUUCCGUGCCGCAUCCCUCCAGGACUUCUGGGGCCGCCGCUGGAACCUCGUGGUCUCCGCCAUCCUCCGCCCUUCCGUCUACCAUCCCGUCCGCGCACGCUGCGGCUUCGACGCCGGCGUCUUCGCCACCUUCCUCGUCUCCGGCCUCAUGCACGAAGUCAUGGUCUACUACGUCACCUUGGCCGCGCCCACCGGUGAGAUGAUGGCGUUCUUCGUCCUCCACGGCCUGUGCACAUUGGCGGAGGUGAGGGCCCGGAAGGCUGGGUUGUGGCGGCCGAAUCCGAUGGUGGCCGUGCCGAUCACCGUCGGUUUCCUCUCCGUCACGGCGAUCUGGCUCCUCCUCUCUCCUCUACUGAGGAGCGGGGAGUUCGAGCAGGUGCUGGCGGAGUCCGUAGCUGCGGUGGGAUUCCUGGAGGAUGCCGGAAUGGCGCUGAUUGGCCGGAUCGGGUUGCGACCGAAGUAGAUGAAAAAACAAUAAAUGGAGCUACAUUAGUUAGUUGGCUCAGCGCUUCACUAACCCCUUUAAAGUUGGAGACGUGACCUUUCAGCGUACGAUAAAAGCUCUAAAAAAUAAUUUACUUAUUUAAGCUCUUUUUUUUUAUUA